CCCCAGCUUGGCCAAGGUUCUAGUCACCGAACUGGUGUUUGGCAAGAAGGAGCUGAACGGGGAAAGCAAACCUGUGCAAACGGUGCGAAGUUACAGGGAGCGACUGCUGAAGUCAAUCAGUGAUUCCGGAAUCCAAAAGAAAGGCAGGUUAACCCACCAAUUACCAGUAUUAGCCGGUUGAAAUGGGCAAGAAAAACAGGAAACAGCAGGUCGAUGUGGUGACAGCUGCCAGUGAUGAUUCCCUGGCUGUCAUUGAUCCUCCCGUGGAGCAUCAUACUCAGGAGGAGGACACUAGUGCGGAGGUCUUCCUCUGGCUGCUGGCCUACAGUGUCCUCAUGUUCACGCUGCCCUUCUUGGGCUUCUAUGGUGUGCGCAGCUGGCUGCAGGAGUCCUUUCCCCAUCUUGAUCUCUUCACGGUCAACUGUUGGUCUGUUCUCACGGCUGUUGUAGUUGUUAACCUAGUGGUGGCAAUGUAUGUAUUAAAGGCUUUCCGUGAGAAGCCGCCACCACCCUUGGAGCCGGUGCAGCAGGAUGAGGAGGAAGAGCCAGAAGCUGUAGAGCCAAAGAAGAAUCAGUAACUAAGUGUCCUGAAUGCUUCAAAGAGAUAUGUAAAAAGCCAGUCAUGUCUUGACAGUCAAUUCCAGGUCAUUUCGACCUUUUGAAGGACCAGUAACUACGUUUCACUCUUAAUAAAUCUUACUUUGACACACU